AUGGUUUUCGAAAUCUUCCAGUCCGUCGGGCUCAGCUCUACGGACUCUUCGUUGUUUGCCACCGGGAUUUAUGGAACGGUGAAGAUCGUUGCUACUGCGAUCUUCUUGUAUAUCGGUAUCGACCGUUGGGGCCGAAAGAAAAGUUUGAUCGGCGGCGCUGCGUGGAUGGCCUCGAUGAUGUUUAUUAUCGGCUCUGUGCUCGCGACUCACCCGCCUAAUCCAGACAGCAAUGUUGUCUCCCGUGCCUCUAUUGCCAUGGUCACCAUGAUCUAUCUCUAUGUCAUUGGGUACUCUUUCUCCUGGGGUCCCACACCCUGGGUUUACAUUGGAGAGAUCUUCCCGACUCGCCUCCGUUCGUAUGGUGUCGGCGUGGGCUCUGUCACCCAAUGGCUGUUCAAUUUUGUUGUAACCGAGUUCACUCCCCAUGCUGUGAACAAACUCGGAUGGAAAACUUUCCUCAUGUUUGCCAUUUUCUGUACUGCGAUGGGAAUAACCGUUUUCCUGUGCGUGAAAGAAACCAAGGGCCGUACCCUGGAAGAGAUGGACGUGCUCUUCGGCACCAUUGACGUGGAACAGCGAAACGCCGAUGUCGAGGCUACUCUGCAGAAGCAUGACGUGGAGCACGAGGAGCACGUCGGACCCACCAAAGCCCCAGGUGAACGGGCCUAG